AUGCCGUCAAAAGCCAGGUCAAGCCCUGCGGCUGACCAGAAAGACAAACUCACCUUGGCUAAAUUGGCAAACUACGACGACGUAGCCACCGAUGCCCUCAUUGAUCGUGCCUUCUAUUGGACUACGAUUCGAAAGAAUCGCACCAAAUUCGCUCCAGGAAGAGGCAUCCUUGAAGAUGUCGUCACCAAAGUCCUACUUCACAAGGUGAUUGUUGAGAAGAAUGCACGAGCAGCUGAGGAGGAACUUCUGGCUAUGAAGGGCUUGAAGAACUAUCUUAGCCACCUGCCAAAUGACCGAGAGCGAGAAUGGUUCAAACGUCAUUUUCGGAAAUACAUUCAGAUCUAUCUUCCUGACUGUCCCUUUGAGAUAUCGACUACAAAUCGAUAUACCAUCAUCGAGCACGAGGCAGCCGUGGUAGCUCGCAGAAAUAUCAAGAAAGGCGAGGAAAUCAAAUAUCUUUGUGGAACACUUGUUUCAAUGACACGACAGGAAGAGCUUGACCUGGGAUUCAAUCGCAAAGACUUCAGCAUCGUCAUGUCCAGUAGAAGGAAGAGUCCCUCGCUUUUUCUGGGACCAGCUCGUUUCGCAAAUCAUGAUUGCAAUGCCAAUGGGAGACUAUCGACCAGGGGUUCUGAUGGGAUGCAGAUUAUUGCUGCUCGUGAUAUCGAAUUAGGGGAAGAAAUUACUGUUUCUUAUGGUGAUGAUUACUUUGGUAUUGACAAUUGCGAAUGUUUGUGUGAGACUUGUGAACGUGCGAUUCGCAAUGGGUGGUCGCCGUCCGUAUCUGCACCAGCAAGUCAAGCCCCAACGCCUACUCGAGACGACUCAAACCGUUCUCCCCAGCCAAAGAAACGACGUCUUGACACUAAAAUACCGAAUGACGCUUCUUCGGCGGCUGAGAUUAUUCUAAGCGAGACAGAGCAAGUGGGAAAGAGGAAACUCGAUGAUGAGAGCGACCAAGAAGUGUCUGGCCUAACCACUCCACAUAAGAGGGCCAAAUUCGAGCACCGGCAGUCAAAGCUUCGAGAAGAACUUGUACUACCUGAAAUCGCCGAGUCGAUCGAAAAGUCACCCCUUCCAGUCAAUGUUCAAGAGUGUUCCCAACCAACCACAGCAGAAGUCCCCUCGAAAGACCAAAAUGCUCCUUCAGAUGUUGAACAAAAUACCACCAGUGCGUCUGAUAAUGAUUCACCAUCCAGUUCUUCCGAUGAAAGUAAUCCGUCGGUAUCAACGCCAGCCACGUCGGUUUCUGGUAAUACGCCCGUUAUAAAGAUAGAGUCGAUCGAAACAAACACAGACGCAGCGGUACCCUCUUUUAUGCCACAGCUUCCAGAAAAAGAAACUACCACCAUCGCAGACGCUUCGAUUAUCGCAUCGUCUCAACUUACUCAAGAAAGAGGAUCCAGAAGCAGAACUGGCACACCACGUUCCAAGCGCGCUCUACCGUCAGUCGAACAGGAAGAUACCAUAGUCACUGUACGAAUCCCAGGUGAUUACACAAGGACUAACCUACUGCUUGCUCAGCGCUAUGAUCGAUGGGUAGAUUGUCAGACAUGCUCUUCAUGGUUUGUGCAGGGAAACGCAUACCAAACACGCAAGGAAUGUCCUCGUUGCGAACGACACUCUAAGCUUUAUGGUUAUCGUUGGCCCAAGACCGACCCAGAGGGAUCCAAUGACGAAGAUCCACGAAUCAUGGAUCAUCGUACCGUCCACAGGUUCCUGUCCGCCGAAGAAGAGGCAAAAGUUGAUCGUAAGAAUCGUUCUGGUCCGAUGAAUAUGUUGACGCCAACCCCUGAGAUUAAUUUCUCCGAUACUCGAAGUGUGACUGAAUUUAGUGACUACGAAGGACGGCGGUUGACGCGAUCCAGUCGGCAUCGUACCAGGUCUCUACGAUUGACUCAGUAA